GUAGUUGAGUUGUAACCGUUAUCUACAAAGUGUGGACAAACCGCAUUCAGUUUUGUGUUAAAACCAGGUGGAUAUUAGAGUUAACUCUAGACGUAUAGAUCAGAAAGAGACACGAGUGCGAUGGGAGGAGGAGACGGUGGUGAGGACUCCGUAGUUCACUUUGUACUUGUUCAUGGCGCCAGCCACGGUGCUUGGUGUUGGUAUAAACUGACCACUCUUCUUGCCGCCGCCGGUUUCAAAGCCACCUCUGUCGACCUCACCGGAGCUGGCAUCAACCUCACCGACUCUAACACCGUCGUCGACUUCGACCAGUAUAACCGUCCUCUCUUCUCUCUCCUGUCAGAUCUCCCUCCUCACCACAAGAUCAUACUCGUGGGACAUAGCAUCGGCGGAGGAAGUGUCACUGAAGCUCUAUGCAAGUUCACAGACAAAAUCUCCAUGGUCGUUUACCUCGCGGCUGACAUGGUUCAACCCGGAUCCACCUCUUCUCCUCAUGACUCAGCCAUGACUGUUGGAGAAGAAGACAUAUGGGAGCUCAUAUACGGUGAAGGCGCUGAUAAGCCACCCACUGGCAUGUUGAUGAAGGAGGAGUUUAGACGUCAUUAUUACUAUAGCCAAAGCCCUCUUGAGGACGUAACGUUGGCAUGUAAGCUGUUGCGACCAGCUCCACUUAGGGCUUUGAACGGUGCUGAUAAGCUGGCUCCAAACCCUGAAGCGGAGAAAGUUCCUCGCGUUUACAUCAAGACUGCUAAGGAUAAUCUAUUUGAUCCUCUACGCCAAGACCGUGUGGUGGAGAAGUGGCCACCAUCUCAGUUGUAUAUCUUGGAGGAGAGUGACCAUUCUGCUUUCUUCUCUGUCCCAACUACCUUAUUCGCUUAUCUUGUCCGUGCUGUAUCUUUUCUUCAACUAUAACUCAAAACUUCAUUCCUGGUUUGACCAUAUCUCAUCCUCGGUACAUUAUAUCAAACAUUCUUAAUUAUUGUUGAUUUGAUGGUAUGGAUGAUUUGAGGAAUAUUUACUGAAAGGUGACUGAUACCCGAUUAUGAAUUAUAUCUGUAUAUUGUUUGUUAUUUC